CCCGUCACCCCGUCUCCCACCGCCGCGGGUGCCGGCUCGCGGGGCCAAGCCGGGCCGGGAGCUGGCUGUGGCGUGGCGGUGCAGGGGAGCGGAGGGGCCGGGCGCGGGGCCGGCGGUGACAAUGUCCCCGUUGAGGCCAGCGCCGCAGAUGGAGACAAAUGGGCCCCUUGUUUUCGGCGCUGGCAGGCAGCGGGCAGGCAGCGAGCAGGCAGCGGGCUGAAUGCCUCCUCUGUGCACCGGGAGUGGGUGGGGAGCCGGGAGGCUCGGGGAGGCAGCGGGCACCCAGGGCCUGGCCCGGCUGUCCCGGGGGAGCCGGGCAGCGCCCGGCCGCAGCCCCGCAUCCCGCUCGGCAGCGGCUCUCAUUUCUCUCGCUCUGUUUUCCCCCCUGCCCAGGACAGCGAUACGGGGCUGCGACCCCGGCCAUGCCGUAAAGACCACGAGUGGUGGGCAGGCUUUGGUGAAGCCGGCGUUUGCGGGGAGCUGCCCAGGACGAGCUUAUUCCAUGUCGGAGCAGCAUCGGCACCCCCGUCCCACGCCAGCCCAGGAGAGGAGAAGGACGGCUCGCCGAGAGCGGCUUAGGCAAAGGAAAAGGUGACCAGGAUGCUGCACCAUGGGAAGCACUGGAGGUCCAUGUGCAAGGGGCUCAUCCUGGGGACCCUCCUGACCAGCUUCAUGCUGCUGCUCUACUCCUACGCCGUCCCCCCACUGCAAAUCAGCGUGACAGAGAUCCCCGUACCUUCCUCCUGCUCCUCCCACCUGGCCCCCAACACGGUGCCGUCAGCGGCCAACGGCACGGGCAGCCCUUCGGGACAGAGCUGCCUGCCCAAGCUGAACAUCAUGUUCAUGAAGACGCACAAGACAGCCAGCAGCACCAUCCUCAACAUCCUCUUCCGCUUCGGGGAGAAGCAUCGCUUGAAAUUCGCCUUCCCCAAUGGCCGCAAUGACUUCUACUACCCCUCCUACUUCGAGCGCAGCCAGGUGCAGCACUACCGGCCGGGCGCGUGCUUCAACAUCAUCUGCAACCACAUGCGCUUCCACUACGAGGAGGUGCGCAAGCUCCUGCCGGCGGACACCACCUUCGUGACGGUGCUGCGGGACCCUGCCUACCUCUUCGAGUCUUCUUUCCACUACUUUGGGCGCGUCAUUCCCCUCACCUGGAAGCUGACGGGGGAGGACAAGCUGGCGGAGUUCCUCCGGGACCCCUGGCACUACUAUGACCCCAACGGGUUCAACGCUCACUACCUCCAAAACCUCCUCUUCUUUGACUUGGGCUACGACAACAACAUGAACGCCAACAGCCCGCUGGUGGAGGAGUACAUCCAGGAGAUAGAUCGUCGUUUCCACCUCGUCAUGUUGCUCGAGUACUUUGACGAGUCCCUGGUGCUGCUGAAGGACCUGCUGUGCUGGCAGCUGGAGGAUGUUCUCUACUUCAAGCUCAACGCCCGGAAGGGUUCCACCGUCUCCCGGCUGACACCUGAGCUCUACGAGAAGGCCACCUCCUGGAACCUCAUCGACGCCAAGCUCUACCGCUAUUUUAAUGCCACCUUCUGGCGUAAGGUGGAGGCUUACGGGAGGGAGCGGAUGGCCAAGGAUGUGGCCGAGCUGCAGCGAGAGAACGAGAAAAUGAAGAGCAUCUGCAUCGAUGGGGGACACCCUGUGGACGCCAGCGCCAUUCAAGAGUCCUCCAUGCAACCCUGGCAGCCGCUGGGGGAGAAGUCCAUCCUGGGCUACAACUUGAAGAAGAAGAUCAACAAGAAGCACCAGAAGCUGUGCCGCAAGAUGCUGACACCCGAAAUCCAGUACCUGACCGACCUGGGGGUCAACCUCUGGAUCACCAAGCUGUGGAGCCGCGUGCGGGACUUCCUGAAGUGGUAGGGGACGGCGGGCACCCCGCUCUCCCCGGGGAAGAACCAGGUGCUUUCCUUUUUCUUACUCAUGGUGUCUUUUGGUUGGAUGUGAGCAGAACCGGCUGGAGGCUCCGGCACCUGGGAACGCCGGGGGGACCCUCUGUCACCAUCCUGCUGAGACCCCACUUGGGCAGGAGCCUCUGCCCCCACCCUUGCCCUCAUUUUGGGGCCCACUGCGCCCCUCAGGCAUGUCCCAGCACAUGGGUGCAAUGAGCACAGCAUGUUCUCAGCCCACCCAUGCGUGUCUGGCCGUGUCGGGCCGUGACACGGAACCAGCCAAAAGAUGCAGCGGUGUCCACACUUGGGUUUGGAGAGUGGAGGACCCACCCCAAAAGCCCCAACUUUUAUCAACAGGCUCAUGGUCCGCACGGGCAAAGGGGGUCCGUGCAGGAGGUCCCCUCCCAGCCCCGCAUCGUCCCGGUUAGAGGGUCCCGUGGCCCCGGUCCCCACAGGGGACAUCCCGGGAGGCCCACGGGGUCUGGUGAGAACUGACACGGGGAGGAGAUGGGGAGCGGGGUCCGGUGGCCACCGUCCCAGUGAUGCCAUCCCCAGGCAUGGUGGGGGGGAUGCCGAGGACAGGGUCUGUCCCCACCUCGUGGUGGGUACCAACCUCCGGCGUCCCGGCUGGGCUGGAUGACACCGGCAAUACCGUGCCCUGCCGAGAGCGGCCCUGGCCGGGAAUGGAGGUGACACCUGCGGCUGAGCCUCCCCGGCAGCGAAGGGACCCCCACCAGCCCCCCGGCCCGUGUUCUGCUCCCUUUGUAAAGGCCAGAAAUAAAAAAGCAAUUCUA